CCGAUCCAACGUCCAAGGCUCUAACGUCCAAGGCCCACACUACCCCUCCCCCCUGGACGAACCCACAAACCACGCCCGCAAACGUUCCUCUAAAUUCCCCAAUCCGGUAAUCAGCCCUACCCAAAUUAGCCCCUUAAACGAUCGUCGCCCGUGGACUCUCCGCCACCCGCUAGCUACGGAUUCCGCUUACGGUCCCUGGACGCCUAACCUCGCACAGCACCUAGUUUCGCACCAUGUUCCUUCGUACAGACGGAAGAAGUGUUUCACAUCGCGGGUAUAACGCUCAGCCUCGUCCGGGAGCAUAUGGGUCCCUGGUCAGAGUUUGCUGGGGAGGGGAGUCCGGUCCGGGUAUAUAAAUAUUGGAGGAAUGUGAGCAUGAAACGUUUCCGACAUUUUUGUUUCGUUCCCGUCUGUUCGUCUAGACUAGUCGUUUGCUUCGCGUUUCAUUCACGAUGCGCUUCCUCGCCAGCCUCCUUACAACAGCACCUCUCCUCCUGCUGCGUUUGGCAUCUGCACAACUCCCCCAAAAAGAUGGUUCCACGGUAGUUUUCGGAACAUCCGGCACCUAUCCGCGCGCGGUCCGGCUCGCCGAUAACUCCCUCCUGGGAACCUACACCCUAGCCGACUCCACGAACCAAUCCCUCGUAACCGUACGCAGCACCGACAACGGCGCGUCCUGGGCGCCCCUCGGCACCGUCGUAACAAACAUUUCCGCCAUCCACGAGCUCGGUAAUUCCUACGUGCACCAGCUGCCGGACGGCAAAGUCCUCUGCGCCUUCCGCAACCAUGACCUGGGAAACGGAAGGGACGCAGAUCCAACCUACUACCGCAUCACGGUCUGCCUUUCCGAAGACCUAGGCGAGACAUGGAGGUACCUCAGCACGCCAGCGCAGAUGCCCGGUGGACCCGAUGGUGUCUGGGAACCCUUCCUGCAAAACGCGCUGGAUGGAAGCUUACAGCUCUACUACUCCAAAGAGACCGGCUCCGGCGGCCAAGACAGCAUCCUGCGGCGCUCCACCGACGGCGGAAAGACGUGGAGCGCGGAGCAAACCUUCACAGGCCAAGACACCAAUGCUCGAGACGGUAUGCUAGGCGUCGCGAGAACCGCGGCGAAUAGCGCGUCCAAAGUCGCCAUCUUCGAGUCUGGAGACGCAAACGGGCAUUUCACCGUGCACACAAUGCGCACCGCGGAUGACGACGCGUCGUGGGACUCGCGCGGCCUCGUAUACGAGAACGAGACCGCGAGUGCGGGCGCGCCACAGAUCAUCCGCGUAGGAAGCAGGAUGGUAGCCAGCUUUGGGACGAACGAAGAUGGGGGCGUGUGGCCGCAGGGAGCGAUGAAGGUCAUGGUGAGCACUGAUCAGGGCAAGACGUGGGCAUCUAAGACGACGGUGCAUGUACUGCCGGCGAUGUGGGCGGGUCUGCUGGCGCUGGAUGAUAAGAGCUUUUUGGCGCUGUAUGAGACGGGUGGGACGAGUUAUGCGCAGAAGAUGACGUUCCCGUAGCGCUAGAGGGUAUGGUAAUGCAAAGGCUGCUUUUUCGUUAUCAUGAGAUCUGGAUGUUGGGAGGAUUACUCUUCC